AUGUCCGAUCGACUAGCAUUUUUGAAUCAGGAGGCACCAGAAGGCUACGUGGCGGGUGUAGGCCGAGGCACAGUAGGGUUCAGCACAGGGGUGGAUACAAUCUACAACUCAAGAAAUGGGCCCGGCACAGAUCUCGAUGAUGACGAUGACGAUGACAAUGGGGCCACAGCCAAUGACAACGAAAGUGGGCUUCUCGCAUCGCGGAAAAGGACCGCAGACGAAGAGGAAGAAGACCGGGUGUAUGAAGCACUCGAGCGAAAACUACAGUCCCGUAGGAAAACACCGAAAUCAGCAAUCUCACCAGCAGUGCAACUCCAAAAUCAAACCCAAAGUCUAAACCGGAACGCAACUGCGAAUGAAAAAAGGACACAGUUCAAUGAUCUCAAGCACGAGUUGAGCAGCUUGUCCGAGGACGACUGGUUACUGAUCCCUGAAGCUGGUGACAUGACGAGAAAAAACAAGCGACAGCGAGUGCUUGAGCAACAACUGCAACGACUAUAUGCUGUUCCCGACUCGAUUCUAGCUGGUGCGGGAGAAUUGGGGUUGUUGAAUGGAAAUGGAAACGCCACGGCAAAGGAAAAGAAUGAUGCAUUGAGUGCUCAACUAGAUAAUCUUUUCCCCGCUGGACCCAACCACAACAGCCACCACGCAUUGGCCGACCUGAAGGAUCUAGAACAGCAACUAGUCGCAUACUCCCAACAGGAUGCCAAAUUUGCAGAUUUGAAAAAAGGGAGACUAGUGCUUGCAUCACUAAGAAAAAACGAACCCUACAAACUGAGCUCAUGGAUCAUGUCGUCUCGUCUUGAAGAAGAAGCGCGAGAAUUCAGCAAAGCGCGCGAUAUAAUUUCACAAGGCUGCAAAAUGAUCCCCGGUGACGAAGACGUUUGGAUUGAAAAUAUCCGACUAAACAGAAACGACAACCAGCUCGCGAAACGGAUCAACAAAGAGGCGCUUUCGUACUGCAGCACCUCGGAGAAACUAUGGUUGAAAUCCGUCGAUUUGGAAACGGAGACCAGGCUCAAGAAGAGGAACGCUAUGCGUGGACUUGAAGAUAUUCCCAGAUCCGUUCCCUUGUGGAAAGCACUAAUCGAUUUGGAGUCGGAUGAAAAAAUGGCGCAAAAGUUGCUAGUCAAGGCCACGGCAUUGUGUGCGAGUGAAUGGGAGUUUUGGUUAGGAUUGGUUAAUUUGUCCUCCUAUGAUGAAGCGAAGCAGUACUUGAACAAGGCGAGAAAGUCGCUCGAGGGCGAUUUGAAAGUUUGGAUUGCGGCAUGCAAGUUGGAGGAAAGAGAGCAUCUGGAUGUUCCUGACUCAGUUCUUGUCAAGUUGACCAGGAAAGCAGUUGCGGAAAACAGCGGUCUAGAUGCUGAGGCAUGGUACGCCGCGGCUAUUGAAGCUUCAAAUGAGGGUUUCAAAAAGACAUGCAACGCCUUAGUGACGAGCUAUCUAAAUGCCCAUCCUGCAGAUGCAGAAACGUUGAUGAGACAAGCCGACGACUACUUGAAAACGAACCAUACUGAUAUAGCCCAUCGCAUUUUGGAUCAUCUAAUCAGUACAACCCCCGAAGAUGUAGCCGUGUGGGAGAAGCUUCUAAGUGCAAUCAAGAAAUCAUCAAUGGGUGCGGAAACCUUGUUCGCUUACUAUCGAAAAGCGAUUGACCUCAACCUGCAACUGCCAACUUUUUACUUGAUGUACGCAAGCGAUCUUUUGAAGCUCUCGAGCCUUGAGAAAGCACUAGAGGUUCUCAACGAAGCCGACGCGAAACUCAACGACGACACGGUCAAGAUCGCCAUCAUUGACACUUUUUACCAAUGCAACAAACUUAAGGAAGCAAUAACAUAUGUAUCUAAACUAGUAAGUGACUCGCCAACGAGGAAUCCGAAAUUCUGGACCAAGUAUAUUCACAUGCUACGAUGUGAACAAGCUUCAUCGCUGGAGGACAUUAUCAGAGUAUGCGACAAAGCCUUGACCAAUUUCCCAAACCACUGGCAACUUUACGAUCAAAAAAUCCGCCUUCUUGUCGAAGAUUUAAACGACCUCAAUCAAGCUAGAGAAGUUGCCUCGCACGCCGUGAAAAUUUUAUCUAGCGCCAACGCUAACGCUAACGCUAAUGCCAACGCCGCCACCACCAAGGUAUGGAUUGCAUAUUCACAAAUGGAAGAGAAACUAGGCGUACUAAUCAAAGCGCGUUCAAUCCUCGAUACAGCAAUGUUGACAUUUCCUCGCGCGGCAGAACUCGGUAUAGCCAAAUUGCAACUCGAGCAAAGACAGCGCAACUUCACCGCCGCCAAAACCUUAGCCAAUGUCAACAUCAAGCUCUACCCCGCGAAUGCCCACGUGUGGUAUCAGUACCUUUCGCUCAUCCCCAAGAUGUCCACUCGAAAGAACGAGUUUGUCAAUGCGUUGCAAAAGACCCAGAACUCGUCGGAGAUGUUGAUGUUUCUUGGGGUCUUUUUCUGGCGCGAUGGCAAGUUUGCCAAAGCCCAAUCGUGGUUCGAGCGUAGUCGCGCUGCCGAUGGCGGAAAUGGCGAUGCGUGGGGAUGGAGUUUCAAUUACUUGAAACAAUAUGGCACGCAAGAAGAGCGAGGUAGAUUAGUGGAAGAUUUUGCAAAGAGGAUGAAUGGGGUGGACAACAACAACAACAACAACAGAUUGCAUGGGAGAAUCACUGAUGCAAUCAUCGAAGAUCCAAAAUGUUAUGGUUUGACCCCCCAGGAAACAUUGGAUCGGAUUGGCUCGCUUCUAUUUGAUGAAAAAAGUAUAUAA